UCAGCUUCUGACGUCAUAUGUGUGCGACAGUAAUGGUUCGCAGAUUAGCUAGCAGGGUUAAACCAGGGUUUAACCAGGGUUAGCUGCAGUAUGGCGCUAUUUCCUGCAUUUGGAGGAGUGUCAGAUGCUGAUAACGCUGAAAAAACAGAUCUAGAAUGGCUCCGUAAUCGCAGUUUCAUUAGUGGGGGUGCUUUGUCUCUACACCAACACACCACCGAUAGACACACGGAGGAGUCACCCACUCCACGCCACACACACACCAGUGAGCAGAAAUCUGAUGAAGAUGACACCAGAUCAAAGAAGAGGAGAAAAAAAGAGAAGAAGAAGAGGAAGAAGCAGAAGAAGUGCAGCAGAGAUGGUUCAGAGAAAAGCGACUCGGACACUGUUUACCCCAGUGACCUUCUGAACCAAGAACUGGAACCAUCACAGAGACAGGAGGACUUGGUUAAUGUGGCUGGAGUUUUGUGGCUUGAUGAUCUUCAGUGUCCCAGUGAGAAGCUGUUCUACCUGGACAGGAAGUCCGACCCUGCGAACUGGGAGUACAAAUCUCUGUACAGAGCUCACAUCACCAGGUAUAAGAGGAAGGGCAGGUCUGCUCUCGGAUUGGACAGCAGGACUCAGGGCGUGUGUUGGGAAGACUCCGCCCCGGACAGGAAGCGUAAAGAAAAGAGAGACGAGCGUUAUUUCUCUCCCUCCAGCCGCCGCCUUCUCAACUCUGAAGCUCCACCCACUCUUUCAAACCCUCCCACUGAUUCCACCAUAUCCUCUGAUGCUGCUUCAUUUAUCCCCCUCCCCCCCUGUAAGGAGGAGUCUGACUCCGCCCCCCAAAUUGGCACCAGUGCUGAUCCGCUCCAAGUGUAUGACCUUGCAACCUCUCAGUGGCUGGAGGGCAAAGGUCAGCCUGAGGUCAAAGGUCAGGUGCAGCCGCCUUCAUCAAACAUGUUAACGGCACGAGUAGAGGAGUUUAACAGGAAACUGAGGGAAAACCCCACUGACGUAAACAUGUGGCUGGAGUUCAUACAGUUUCAGGACGAGGUGGGCGCCUCCCUCUCGGGGCAGGGGGUGGAGUCUGAGCGUGCUCUCUGGGACAGGAAGUUGAGUGUGGUGGAGCGGGCGCUGCAGUUGAACCCUGGCAGUGUGGAGCUGAAGCUGCACAGACUCAGGCUGGGCAGGGGAUUGUGGGAUAGCACAACACAGCUGAAGGAGUGGAAGAAGGUGGUGUUCAUCCACCCAAACAGUGCCCCCCUGUGGAGGAGCUACAUCCUGUUCACACAGAGCCAGUUCAGCUCCUUCUCUGUUCCCAUGGUGACCAGCGUAUAUAGAAAGUGUCUGAGCACGCUCAGUGCGGUGCAGGACGGACAGCUGACGUCUCACCCAGCGCUGCCGGGGACAGAAUACCACCUGCUCGACCUAUUUGUGCGUCAGUGCCACUUCCUGCGUCAGGCAGGUCACUCAGAGAAAGCUGUGUGUCUUUUCCAGGCUCUGAUUGAGUUUACCUUCUUCAAACCCGACAACGUCAGAGACCUAACCACUAAACAGCAGGUGGAGUUCUUUGAGACAUUCUGGGACAGUGGAGAGCCGAGGGUGGGGGAGGGUGGGGCUAGAGGGUGGAAAACCUGGAUGAAGCAGCAGGAGAGAGGAGGAUGGAUACAAACACCUGAUACAGAGGAGGAGGAUGAAGGUGAUGAUGAAGAUGAGAUUAAAGAUAAAACCCAGCCGAGGUGGAGAAUCUGGCUCGACGUGGAGUCUUGGCGGGAAGCCAACCACUGGUUACCAUGGAGACCGGACAAAGCUAAGGGCCAAUCAGAGGAGGAGUGUGAGGAUCCAGACAGACAGGUGUUGUUUGAUGAUAUUGGACUGUCUCUUAUCCGAGUCGAGUUGCCGGAACUGCGUCUGCGUCUCUUGCUCUCUUUCCUUCAUAUACUGGGUGUGCCCAUUGGCUCCGCCUCUUCAUCAAGCCUUAUUUGGGAUGACCCCACCCUAUUGGAUGACUCUGCGCUGUUGGACGAGACUCUUGACAACGAAAGACCUUUGACCUCCCAUGACAUCCCACUGACUGGAGUUAGUGCUGUGGGUCACAUGACCUCUCAGUGUGACUCUAGGAAGAAGAGGGCGGGGCUUUGUAAACAGGGGGAGGAGUUUGUUAGGAAUGUUCUGGAACAGACCCUCCCACUGUUUCCACCUCAGGACCGAACAGAAGUCACCCUCUGCUGGAUGCAAUAUGAAAAACUCAAGGUGCUGCAGUGUGUGCGUAGUGGCAGUAAGAAGUGUAUUAGGGUGCAGGGGAAGCGCAGUAAGCGUUUAUUGAAGCGUUUACUGAAGCAACAGGAGAAUCGCAGCUCUCUGUCGCUGUGGCGUGAGUACGGCCAUGUCGAGUGGUUAUUAGGAAACAUUGAGGAAGCACGCAGGGUUUUUGACUCCGCCCUCACGUUGGGCAGAGCCUCGGGUCUACAUGACUCCGCCCUCUGCAACCUCUGUCUGCUUUAUGCACAAUUAGAAAUGGAACUCCUGUGCCCGGGCGGGGCUGAAAGUGAAAAGGCCACACCCACUUCUCCCACUUCCUCUCGGGCAGUGUACAUCCUGACCAAAUUAGCAGAAGGCGCCACAUACAAGCCUUUCACAGGAGAAAUCAGCGCCGUAACCAUACUGAAGGCACGCAAAGCAUACGAACAUGCCGUAUCAGAGGGUGUGGCAUGUGAGAAAGCCUAUGCUCUGAUUGGCUGUUUUGGACUGUUCCAGUAUUUGACGCUGGGGGUGGAUGCAGCCGAUGCGGUGUUCACUCAGGCCAGAGGGAACCUGAUGUGCACUCAGCAGCGCGAGGCCGUGUGUGUCCUGCAUGUGGCGCUGUUACAUCAUCACUCCAGUGUCAGGGUGUUUCCUCUGCGGCGUCUGAGGUCAGCGCUGAGAGACGCGCUCACACUGCUGCCCCACAGCGCCCCUCUGUGGAGGCUCCACCUACAGGCCGACAUCCGCCACUACAAUGCUGCCAACACCCGCCGGUUCCUACACGCCAUCACCAAGGGCAACCACAGCAUCCUGCCUCGACUGUUUACCUUAACAACCGAACAGCAGAGGAAGAAACGGAUAGACGCUGUGCUGAGGUCGGGUCUCCCAGCUGAGUCUCUCCCUGUGUUCCCGGAAACCGGCCUUUACAACCGCAUCCGUGCACUGUUUGAGGUUGCCGUGGCGACGGAGUGUGGUGCUCACUGCCCUCUGCUGUGGAGACGCUACAUCAACUUUAUGGUGUGUAAUGGGGAUGUAGAGAGAGGAAGAGGAAUCUUCUACAGAGCCCUACAGCAUGUCCCCUGGGUGAAAGUGCUGUACACAGACGCUGUGAGCUUGUUCCCUGAUCGUGUGCAGGAAGUUUUGGAUCUGCUGAUGGAGAAAGAGCUGAGACUCCGAACCCCGAUGGAGGAGCUGGACAUCCUGCUGGAGGACUAAAGCACUAAAGACCUUCCCACAAUGCACUGCUUCUCCACACCACAGACCGUGUUUAUUCAUCAGAUUAUUUAUUUUUUUAAUUUUGGAACAAGAACAUUAGGAAUAAUUUUGUAAUAAUAAUAAAUGUUAAAUGACUGUUA